GACCACACCCAGAUACACACAGAGAGAGAGAGAGAGAGAGAGGGAGAGAGUAUAUAGUAUCUGUCUCCGAGUCUCCUGCCCUCUCAUGCAUUGAAGCAGACAGCUCUUUCUCUCCCAUUUUUGGUUGUCUGCAUUUGCUAUUCAUUUAAUUCAUUUCAAGGAAGAAUUUAGAAUAGCACCAAGAAAAAAUAUUUUUCUUCUUUCAAACUUGAAGGGGAAGAUUUCUAGAUUGGAAACAUGGGUUUUUUGACACUAUUUGAGGUGGCUUCCAUGCCCAUCUUGCAAGUGCUACUAAUCAGUGCAUUGGGAGCCUUCAUGGCUACUGAAUAUUGCAACCUUCUCCCUGCCACUACUAGAAAAUCCUUGAACAAGAUUGUGUUCAUAGUGUUCACCCCCUCUCUGAUGUUUGCAAGUCUGGCCAAGACUGUCACUCUUCAAGACAUCAUCUCAUGGUGGUUUAUGCCAGUCAACAUUGGCCUCACUUUUCUAUUUGGAGGAAUUCUUGGAUGGAUACUUGUAAAGAUCAUGAAACCCACGCCUUACCUAGAAGGACUUGUUAUUGCUACCUGUUCAUCAGGAAAUUUGGGAAACCUUCUGCUGAUAAUUGUUCCUGCAAUUUGCAAUGAGGCUGGAAGCCCAUUUGGUGAUCGAGCUGCUUGUAGCUCUGUUGGACUCUCAUAUGCAUCUUUCUCCAUGGCCCUUGGAGGCUUUUACAUUUGGACUUACACAUACCACCUGAUACGUACCUCAUCUGUGAAAUUCAAAGCCACAGAAGAGGUCUUAAAAGAACCCAACAAAGAUUUGGAUGCUACUCAAGAAACUCACUUGCUCAAGGCAGGAGAAGAAGAUCAAGAGCAAGUUGCUAUAGUUGUGGCAUCAUCAGGAAAGUCUACAGAAGAUACAGAGAAGCAAGCUAUUGUCCCCCGAGAAUCCGCCAGUCAGUCGGACAAAGAGCAGGAGUCUUUCUGGAGUAAAUUGGGAGGAAUUGUUCAUAUGAUCGUGGAGGAGCUAUUGGCACCACCAACAAUAGCGGCCAUUAUUGGGUUCGUCUUCGGAGCAGUCACCUGGCUGAGAAACCUUAUAAUUGGUGAAACAGCUCCAUUAAGGGUGAUCCAAGACUCAGUCAAGUUACUUGGGGAUGGAACCAUUCCAUGCAUCACUCUUAUACUGGGAGGCAACCUCACUCAAGGCUUGCGCUCAUCGAGAAUCAGACCAUGGAUCAUCAUUGGGGUGGUCCUAGUCCGGUACAUUGUACUUCCUGCCAUUGGCAUCUGGGUGGUUAAAGGUGCUUCGCAACUUGGCUUCCUCCCAUCGGACCGUUUGUUCCACUUUGUGCUCAUGGUUCAGUUUACCCUGCCACCUGCAAUGAAUAUUGGUACCAUGACCCAGCUGUUUGAUGUGGGUCAAGAGGAGUGUUCAGUCCUCUUCCUGUGGACGUACUUGGUUGCGGCCCUAGCUCUCACUGUUUGGUCAACAAUCUAUAUGUGGAUCUUGUCCUGAACAAACCUCAAACCAGAGCAGCCGCAUCCAUGUCCACCAACCAUUGUAUAAGAGCGUCCUUUAGUAUACAAAUUUUAGGGAAAAAAAACUUCUUCCUUUCUUGGUGUUUUCUGCGGAAAGUACAGAUUAAAUGUUGCAUUGCGUGCCUUUAGUUGUGUUACGAGAGUGAUGCGGCCACACAGAAAAAAUUGUACUGGUUCUGUUGAAUGCCAUUCUUUUUGACCGAUCUCUUCCAUUUUUUGAUCAUAAAUAUAAAAUAUAUUUGUACA